AUGGAGGACAUCAACUCGAAUAUCAACGCCGACUUGGAGGUGCGGAAGCUUCAGGACUUGGUCAAGAAGCUCGAACAGCAAAAUGAGCAACUCCGUAGUCGCUCCGUCCUGCUGUCUUCGUCUGGGGGCUUGGCAGCCAACAGCAGACCCCUGAGCGCCGGCUACGACUCGCCGUUAUCAGUGGGAGCGGUGUCGGGGCUGGCGGGCUUCACCGGGGCGGGGUUCAUCAGGGGCUUCGGCGGAUCGGCGCCUCUGGAGAACUCGCGCUGUUUGAGCCCCAGGCGCUCUUAUCAUGGCACUUACGGACCGGCGUAUGACUGCGACGGCUCUCCGGCGGCCACAAACACGAGCAGCAGCCCGUAUUACCACCGCCAGUCUCUGGACUACAGCGAGGACCGCCAGUCUUCAGUCUUAGACGAGGUGGAGAUCCUGGAUCUCGAAGACAUGGACUGUCUGAACGAGGACGAAGACAGCUGGUUGUAUGAGGCAAAGCUGAACAGUCCUCUCCAGAAAGCUCUGAGUCCUAUCGUUUGGUGUAGACAAGCCCUGGACAACCCCAGCCCUGACAUGGAGUCAGCCAAACGCUCCCUUCUCCACAGACUUGACCUCACCAUGACGGCGAAUAAGAGGCGGAGUCUGUACGGCAACACCUACAGCCCUCAAGUGGCCUACGGAAGCCCAAACGCAGCCAACAGCCCGUACAGCAGCGGCUUCAACUCCCCUUCCUCCACUCCCUCCAGAAUGCCCAUUGUCAAGCAACUCGUUCUGCCUAGUAGCACAGGCCAUCAGCGUGGCUCAGUGGACAGAAACCCUCCCGCGGUGAGCCCUCAGUCAUCAGUGGACAGCGAGUUAAGCACCUCUGAGAUGGACGAGGACUCCGUGGGAUCUUCUACCACCUACAAGCUCAACGAUGUCACCGACGUGCAGAUUCUCGCUCGCAUGCAGGAGGAGAGCCUACGUCAGGACUAUGCCGCUACAGCGUCACGGCGCAGCUCGGGCUCAUCGUGCCAGUCCCUGAGGCGUGGCACACUCAGUGAUCAGGAGCUCGACGCUCAGAGUCUAGAGGAUGACGAAGAGGCAGUGAUGCCCAUGGCCUACCACCACCCACCCAUCACACGCUUUAGCCCCUCCCCUCGCGUCUCGCCCCGUGUCUCACCUCGCCACUCUCCCCGCUCACGGUCACCCUCCAGAGGCUCGCCGCAGCCAAUCACGAGCCGCCUGCAGCAGCCCCGUCUCUCACUGCAGGGCCACCCUCAUGAACCCCAAACAAACGCCAUCAAGAAUGAGGAGAAAUUGCGGCGCAGUCUUCCAAACCUAACGCGUUCCAGCUCUGGUCCUGCUCCUGAACCCGUCAAAAACAGCCGCAGCUGUGAGUCUAACCUGCAAGUGCCAAACGGAUCCCCCCGACACCAGAGCCAGUCAGCACCAGCGCAGCACCAAAGGCUCUCCGGGCCGGCGCGCGCCUCCCCGAAACCCAAAGAGCGGCUGCAGAGCCCCACAUCUCUACGAGUUCCUCUGAGCAGUAAGUUGCGCACACCGGCAGCACCGUCACCUCUCGCUCUACGCCAGCCUAUGAAGGCGGUGUCCAAUCCUGGGUCCGUCACUUCCACGCCCACUCGCUCUCUGGCCCCGCCCCGUAGCGCUCUGCCCCGCCCCAGUGGCCCUGCUGCAGGGGGUUUACCUGUUCCUCGCAGCAAACUGGUCCAGCCUGUGCGCAGGUCUCUGCCAGUUCCACGCUCCUACAGUGGUAUCAGGGAUGAGAGCUGGAGAGAGGGCUGCUACUGACGAUCCCACAGACAGCACAGAGACGGACUGUCCGACCCGGCACUUUACUGAUCGACACAAAACGAGCAUCUCUGACUAUCCCAUACAAUCAGUGCUGAACAUGUCCUCCAUCAGUGAGGAUACUCGUAUCACGGCAGGCUGGAAAUCAGCGAACGCCAAAGAACCUGAUGUAGAGGUACACAUCGUGCCCCAAGGCUGCACUGCUCACAAACAUGGCGCUCCAUCCAUCCAUCUAAUAAACCCUUAAAUACUUUAUCGCCCCGCGCUGCUUCUGCACUCUGCCAAGGAGACCCUCGACUAGCGCUACAUACUCACACCUUCUAUUUCCCUCAAACGGGCUUGUUGCAGUCUUGUCAGGGGGAGAUAUUAUCUGAAUCUAUUGUAAUGGAUGGUGUUUCAUGACGUGUAGCUCGAUGGUCAGCACUAAAACAAGAAAAAAAGAUGUAAGGAAAAAAAAAAGCGACUGUGUGUUGAUCAAACCCCUUAGUGUCUUUCAGAGGGAAUGUUUUGUCAUUUCCACAUGACAAUUAUUUAUUUAGAAAUUAUUAUGUAAAAGAAAUUAUUUACAGAAUAUAUUCCAACUCAGUAUUUGCUUUUGUUUGCUUUUGGCCUUUUUAGUUCCGAAUGUUGACGUUAAUGUUGAACCUCAGCUAUAAAGCUACGUUUCCAAAGCUUUUUUUUUUUUUUUUUUUUUUUUUAUAUGGAUUUCUGACAAACUGGCUGUGUUUGUUUCUAAAGGUUUAGGUUCAACAGCUAUGAGAUACACCAGGGUUGAUGAUGAUGAUGAUGAUGAUGAUGAUGAUGAUGAUAUAUUUUUUUAUAGUUUUUUUUUAAGUGUGCCCUUGUGGAAUCAUGGACUGGAGGAUCAUGGGUAAUGCUACGUGUCCAGACGGACAGAACUAGGUGUCGUUUCACAUCCCAAAUCUGCCACUCAAGUUCUUGUAACUCAUUCGAUGUUAAACAUUAAGCGUCACUAAAAGAAGCGUCGCCGCACGUUACGGACGCCGACGGACGGCGAGUCUGUCCGUCCGUCUCCUGCUCACGGGUGGUGGGAGUCAUAAAGUGACAUCGUGAUCGUGUAAUUGUGGUGGAAAAGAAACUCGGUGAAGUGUGUUCUCGUUCUCGUCUCUGCCGCCGUGUUGAUGAUGACAAACGAUUUCAAACCAAAUUUAUUGACAAGUUUAGAAAAAAGAAAAAAAUCAUCUGUAAUUCAGACGCACAUUCGGGGUCACGGUCUAGCAACAGGAAGCCUUAAAGGCAAUGCAGGAAGACAUUGCAGUGAAUGAUCAAUAAAGAGAUCAAGAAUAAAAUAAAAGUGCAUUUGAAAGACUUCAGACUGCAAACAUUUUAAACAUGAGUGCCUAUAAUUUAUGAACUUGUGAUUUCUUUGAUGUCUUUGUUUGCAUUUUGUAAUAUUUUUCUUUUUGGUGCCAACAGAGUUGAUUUUGCCAUAAUUCUUUGCUUCAGGGGUCUGUCUUGGCGAAUACAUUGUUAUUAUCAUUUUUGGUUUUGUAUUUGCUUUGAUAACAUUUAUAUGCAUUGAUAUUUAUGAAUAAAUGCUCUGAUGUAAUAAGAGGAUUAUUUAUUAAAACAGAGCGAAUCCUGUGCACAGCGAGAUCGCAGAGUCGGCGAGUCCCGGUCUGGUCCGAGUCUGAUCUGGGCACCUGGACGCUCGAGACUCGCCAUUUUGUGGCCAGUUUUUGUUAAACAUUUUUAUAUCUCCACAAACAUGAUGCUCGGUUUUUCCCCUGUCUUCACAUUUCAAAUAAAAUAUCUAAAAUAUCA